AUGGCGCAGUGCAGCAGCAGUGACGUCAGCGCGCUCUCAGCGAAGGCGCUGAAGAAGAGAGAGCGGCUAAUGGAGCAGCGGUGGAUGGGAUCUGCAGUUUUCUCUCGACCUCUUCUUCAGUUAAGAACUCUCGACCAGUUUUUCAGCGCUUUUCUCUGGGACUGUCUCAUGCGGGGGGCGGUGGACUCCUUCUACAGUCGCUUCCACGCGCUCUUCCAGCAGGACCCCGAGCAGAACGCGAUCGUAGACCUGCUGCGAGGAGUAAUCACGCCUCAGGCAGAUGAUGAAGACGCCUCGAGCAGUGAGAUAAAGACCCUGCGCGCUCACAUCGGUCCUGUGUAUGGUACGGCGUUCCUGACGGAUGGCUCCGGCCUGCUGUCCUGUACGGAGGACUCCAGCAUACACCUCUGGGACCUGAGCAGCUUCACGAACACUGUCCUGUAACGCAGCUACGCCCAUCCCGUCUGGGACAUGGACGUCAGUCCCUGCAGCGUGUACUUCUCCACGGCGUCCCACGACCGCACCGCUCGCCUCUGGAGCUUCGUGUGCACCUAUCCUCUGCGUCUGUAUGCCGGAGACCUUGGAGACCUGUGGAGCACACAGUAGGGGGCGUCUGUGAGGCUGUUCACUGGGCACCGCGGGCUCGUGCUGUCCCUCUCCUUCUCACCCAACGGCAAAUACCUGGCGUCGGCCGGAGAGGACCAGAGACUGAAGCCGUGGGACCUGGCGUCCGGCAGCCUGUUGAAAGACCUGCAGGGUCACAGCGACAGCAUCACCAGCCUCUCCUUCAGUCAGGACAGCAGUCUGGUGGCCUCCCCCUCCAUGGACCACUCGGUGCGGUGGGACAUUCACAGCAUCCCCAGUGAGCAGAUCGGACAGUACACGGGCAGCACUAGCAACAUCCUCAAUGUGCAGUUCAUGUCCUGCGACCUGCUGCUGGUGACGGGCACAGUGCUGGAGAAACAGGAACAGUGAGAGUCAAAACACCCCAAAAUCUGAUAAAAUGGUUAGGGUUCAUUCAGGAUAAUCC